UCUAUUGCUCCGAGCAGCUGCCGUCACGCGGACCUCAUGGAGGAGGGAUCGAUGCUUUUCGGGGUGCAUGCAGAACCGGGGAACUACAGCUUGGUGGACCCUGCUUGGGAUGGGGGCUCUGCGUUGGGGGGCCCUUCUGCAGAUCCCCAGCUCUCUGACAGCAACGGCAGCGACAUGAGCGACCAAAUGCGAGAGAAGUUCCCAAUGUUAGAUAUCCCUCACCACGUGCACCACACGAUCGGCUCGGUGGUCAUCGCCAUCGGCUUCACAGGGAUCAUCGGCAACUUCCUCGUCAUUUACGUCUUCUGCAGGAGCAAGAGUUUGCGCUCGCCGGCCAACAUUUUUAUCAUCAACCUGGCCUUCGCCGACUUCUUCAUGUCCAUCACACAGACACCCAUUUUCUUCGUCACGAGUCUUCACAAGCGUUGGAUUUUCGGGGAGAAGGGUUGUGAGCUGUAUGCUUUCUGCGGAGCGCUCUUCGGCAUCGCGUCCAUGAUCACCCUCGUGGUCAUCGCCACUGACCGCUACCUGGUGCUGACUCGGCCCCUCGCCUCCAUAGGAGCCAUGUCCAAACGGCGUGCAAUGUACAUCACGGCGGCCGUGUGGUUCUACUCGCUCGCCUGGAGCCUCCCACCCUUCUUUGGCUGGAGUGCCUACGUCCCAGAGGGACUCAUGACGUCGUGCACAUGGGAUUACGUGACAUUCACACCAGCCGUACGCUCCUACACCAUGCUGCUCUUCUGCUUCGUCUUCUUCAUCCCGCUCAUUGUCAUCAUCUUCUGCUACGUGCGCAUCUUCGUAGCCAUCAAGAACACCAACAGGGCUGUGAAGACUCUGGGGGAAACCCAUGAUAGUAAGGAAUCACAGAAGCAGCAGCAACGGAUGAACGCCGAGUGGAAGCUUGCGAAGAUUGCCCUCAUUGUCAUCUUGCUCUAUGUGGUGUCCUGGUCUCCGUACUCGUGUGUGGCGCUUGUGGCCUGGGCUGGUUACGCUGACAUGCUCACGCCCUACAUGAACUCCGUGCCUGCCAUCAUCGCCAAGGCGUCGGCCAUCCACAACCCCAUAGUGUACGCCAUCACACACCCCAAGUACAGGCAGGCGAUCGGCAAGUACGUGCCGUGCCUUCGCUCGCUGUUCGGCGUCGUCCGCAAGGGCUCGCGGACUCUGUCGGGUGGCAGCUUCCAGUCGACACGACACUCCACGCUCUCCAGCCAGAUGUCGUGUAGUGGUGACACGGUGCGAUGGCAUCGUCAGCCGACCUGCACCUCUGACUCAGAGUCGUGCUGGACGGACAUGGAGGGGGAGUCAGGGAUCCGGACCCGGCCAGCCAGCCGUCAGGUCUCCUAUGACCUUCCUCGAGAUACCAUCGAGGGCCAGGACCUGGGGAAAGCGAGGUGCCAUGACUCCGGCAUGUUCGAAAAGACAUCGCUCGACAUCGACAAUAUCUCACUCGUUGAAACUGGUAGCACUCAGGGUCGAGAGAAGUCGCCACAGAGAAUCCUGCGCCCGAUCCCGUACACGAACGCGGCUUUUGAAGGCGGAGAGGGGGAAGGCGGGGCCAAUCUUCUGUCCGGCAAGGCAGGCCACAGCAGUGGUGAUGAGCGUAUUCAGAUGAACGAUCUGAAACCCAGUCAGGGGCACAGGGUGGUGGUGCCCAGCAUCUCCGUGGUGUGUGAGAACACCAACAGAAACUGAGAUGCGAUUGUAAUGAUUUUCUCGCAUUUUAUUGUCGCCAUCGCAUUAAUGCAAACCAUCUAAUACACACCGUCAACACACCAGAGGGAUUGAAGUGAUCACAAAGAGCCAAAUUCACAUAUUUGAUUAAAUAGUCCAAACACAUCACAUUGCAAGGGUGAUUUGUCCGUUUUCCAUGAUGGAUAUCUUGCCAAGUUUUCACCAAAUAUCGGCUGAAAAUCGACAGCCAGUCCAUGAAUCGGGCCCAAUGUAGUUAACAUGCCACAUAGCCAUGUGGACGGGGCAAGUCACAUGCUGUGCCACCUCAGUAGCCCGUAUGGGACCGUUGAUUACAUGACCAUUGGGCCGUACGACUACAGUAAAUCCUCUCUAUCCGCGAGGGUUACGUUCUUGAAAACGCUCGUGAAUGCAGAAUUUGCGAAUGCAGAAACUCCUCAAGAGAUGCAGGCAUUUGAUAAUGACGCACAGUUAUAAUUUUCCACACUCUGGGGAGCGUUAGCCCGCAACACUUUCCUUUUUCGAUUUAAAGCUUUCGUGACUGCAGGGAUUCAUCUUCUUGGUUCUUUCGGUAAAG